AUGGCUAAUGACUCAGGUGUUUAUAACAAUGAAGAUGAUAAUAUUCAUCAUGAUGAUCAUAGCAGUGAUGCUGGUUAUGAAUGGAAUGAUAAAGAAAAUGUAAAAGAACAUUAUGAGUUAAAAAACUAUUCCAUUAGUUUUAAGAAGGAAUACGUAGAUUUUGCCAAUUCAAAAGAUUCAUCUGGCAAACGUCGUCGAUCAAUGAAAACUAUUCACCGUCGUUAUCGAUCUGGUUCCAAAUCAAGGUUAUACGUGUCGUUUUCAUUUGAUCCAAUAGCUAAUCCAUAG